AUGGCUUCCAGUCACAUAACUAAGGUACAGCCCUCAAGUUGCGGAGGUUAUGGAAGACAACCGGGACCAUAUGGAGGGAUCGAGGGUAUCGAAUUUACCGCGCAAUGUCCUCCAGAUAUUCAAAAAGGGACGAGAGUCAUUGCGGUAUGCGGGAUACCUGAAUCUAUGGCCGCUCCAGAUCGAGAUGGAUGGUUUUUCUCUGAUUUCUUUUCAUUCUAUCAAAUGCUUCGCUCGCGACCGGAGUUAUCUAACCAGCUUUGGCUUUCGAGCUGUUCUCCUGCCGACCUCAUCAACAAACACGGGCGAUACCUACACGGACCCGCAAGUGGAGUUCCUGGUGAUCGAAGGAUUGUUAUGGACGCAAAAUUGCUCCCAGAUAAUGAGAUGGAAGCUGGAUUCCGAGUUUUGAAGCCAAAAGAUCUUCUGGAGAGAUUUCUUGCAACCCUUAAAUCGGAAAUUGGAGAAGCGGACAAGUUAGGUGUCCCAGUCCUUGUGUUAAUAUUUGGCCACGGAGAAGAGGAUACUUCUGGUAUCUCCAUAGGUUGUGAGGAAAAUGGCCACUACAAGUUGAACAAGUCGAUGCUAGCAUCAGUGCUGAACCCAAAGGUCCAGACAACUCUACUGUCAACCUCUUGCUAUUCUGGGGGCUGGGUAAUCCAUCCCAAUCUGUCCAACCAUUUCGAUACUAAACCGGCUCUCAAUUUAACAAUCAUCACGGCAGCGGGAAAUGAGAAUGAGAGUCUUUCCUGGCCAGUGAGCCAAACCGCUGGGCGACAAGCAGGAGGCAGUGUGUUUGCGACAUGCCUCCUUGAAGCAAUUUAUACGGCAUCUGAUAAUGGAAAACUUUCCAUGAUCUCAGAAGAAGACUGUGGGGUCAACCUUUCUGAUACUAUGGCUGGUUUGACAUCCAAUAUUAUUACGGAAUGUGAGAAACGGUUCGGUGACCUCUGGAAGGAUCAUGGCUUUUCUUUCGCGGAACAGGAUGAUCUUUGGGAGCAGGCUUGGGGCAAGAGAACAGGACUUCCCCUUUUAAACUACCGAGAGAGAUGGGAAAGACUACCAGAAGCUUCCUUAACUAAGAUUAGGAAGGCUGCCAGAUAUAUGUCUUCAAAUCCCGGCCGGGAUAAUGCAGGUGGCAAUACUUUGUGCCAUGCACGGUGUAAUAGUCUACUGUCCGGCAAAAUUCUAGACUUCCAAGAGCUAUAUGAGUUGAACGAGGCUCUAGACCAUAGGCAAGGUCAGAUAAGUUUAGCUGGGAUUUACUGCCAGCUCCUGGGCAUAGGUUUCCCUGAAAAUCGAAGGACGUGGGACUUCAACGAUGCCCAUUGGGAACAUGCCCACCUGAUCGACGAAAGCAAGGGUUCAGUAGCAUCGGCAAAUAUGUUGAAGCGAUAUAACACUAUUAAAGGAUGGGUAAUCCGGCUGCGGCUUUUCAACAAGCCACUUCCCUACAAAGGACAAGGUUAUUCUAAGCCUAAGAAAUAUCUUGCUUGUAGGUUAGCUGAAACCCCUAUGUCGAUGGACGUAAUACGUGAGAAGCUGGAGGGCUUGUUACAAUGUAAAUUGAAAGAAGCAAGACGGCUCGCUCGCUCACCCCUUGGUCAGGAAAUUCUUGAUCAACCAGAGAUCAAGACUUUACGAGGUCGGCUUUACGAAUCCGUUGGGAGGUUAAAACAUCGAUUGAGAUCCCUCUCACCAAGAAAGCGAACACGUAUGACUGAAGAUGAUAGCUGA